GCUGAUCGCAUGUAAAUAGGGAAUUGCCAGUUAUCGGCAUUUCUCUCUUCACAAGCUGUCAUGCUGACAGCUCAGGGGACAUGUACACUGAUCAUCAGGGCACUGAUGAUCAGUGUGCCCUGCUGAUCAGUGUAGCCCCAGCAGUGCCACCUGUCAGUGUCCAUCAGUGCCAGCUGUCAGUGCUCAUCAGUGCCACCUGCCAGUGCCACAUCAAUGCCACAUUUCAGUGCCUAUCAGUGCACAUCAAUGCCACAUACCAGUGCCCAUCUGAGCUGCCUUUCAGUGUCACCCAUCAGUGCCAGUCAGUGCCACCUAUCAAUGCCAGUCAGUGCCACCUAUCAGUGCUGCCAAUCAGUGCCACCUAUCAGUGCCAGUCAGUGCCACCUAUCAGUGCCAGUCAGUUUCGCCCAUCAGUGUGUAUCAGUGCCGCCUAUCAGUGCCUGUCAGUGCUGCCUAUCAGUGCCACCUAACAGUG